UCUGGACAAUAUAAAAAAUUGAAUAUGAUGAAAAAUGAAGAAACAAGUUUUAAUGUGGACUGCACAGGAGCCUCUCCCUUCUCCCACUGCCUGCAGCGGCUGAGCCCUGUCACAAAGCCACACAGAACAACUCCAUUUGGUGAAGAAUUUGGACCACACUUCUCACACUUCCGCUAUGGCCCUCCUCCCCUUGGAGACAUGGAAACGUUCCAGGGGUCCUUGGAAGGAGGGUCUCGGAAACGCAAGAGUAUGCCAACAAAAAUGCCUCCUUCUAUCCCUCUUGAGGGCUCCUCAUCACCAUCUGAGAGACCUGAAGAUCACAAUGACAUAGGCUCUUCUAGUCUUCCCUUGGUGUUCCAACAGCCAGCACAGCCCAAAUACAGUUCCCAGAUGAUUGACCUCUGCAAUUUUGGGCUUCAGUUCUACAGAACUCUGGAGCACUUUGGAGCCAAGCCCAUCAAGCAAGAAACAGUGAAGCCUAACAUGUCAUGGCCCGGUAGCCCAGCAUUCAUGCAGGCUCCUUACACUUAUUAUCCCAAAGUUCACCCUGGUUUAAUGUUUCCUUUUAUUGUGCCACCGAACUUUCAUUUUAGGAAUCCCUUUCAAAUGAAAAGACCUGCAGAGCCAUCAUUCAGGAGGGCUGAAGUAAGAGAAGGUGGUGAAAAUAAGCAGAAAGUGGAAAGAGUAGAUGUCAACCUUCAGAUAGAUGACAGUUAUUAUGUUGAUGUGGGAGGUGAACAGAAACGCUGGCAAUGUCCCAUGUGUGAGAAGUCUUAUACAUCCAAGUAUAAUUUGGUCACCCAUAUUUUGGGACACAGUGGCAUUAAGCCACAUGCUUGCACCCGAUGUGGCAAGCUUUUUAAGCAGCUGAGCCACUUGCACACACACAUGUUGACACACCAGGGCACUCGGCCACAUAAGUGCCAGGUAUGCCACAAGGCAUUCACUCAAACCAGUCACCUUAAGAGACACAUGAUGCAACACAGUGACAUCAAGCCUUACAACUGCAGGAUCUGUGGCAGAGGUUUUGCCUAUCCUAGUGAGCUGAAAGCACACGAAUCUAAGCAUGAAAGUGGCCGAGAGAACAUUUGUGUGGAGUGUGGUCUGGACUUUCCAACACUGGCUCAGCUGAAGAGACACUUAACGACUCACCGUGGCCCUAUACAGUAUAAUUGCACUGAAUGUGAUAAGACUUUCCAGUAUCCAAGUCAGCUGCAAAACCACAUGAUGAAGCACAAAGAUAUUCGCCCGUACAUCUGCACUGAAUGUGGCAUGGAGUUUGUGCAGCCCCACCACCUGAAGCAACACUCCCUAACUCAUAAGGGUGUGAAAGAGCACAAAUGUGGAAUUUGUGGCCGGGAAUUUACGCUACUGGCCAACAUGAAGCGACAUGUCCUCAUCCACACCAAUAUCAGAGCCUAUCAAUGCCAUUUGUGCUUCAAGAGCUUUGUGCAAAAGCAGACACUCAAAGCCCACAUGAUUGUUCACUCUGAUGUCAAACCCUUUAAAUGCAAGCUGUGUGGAAAGGAAUUUAACAGAAUGCAUAAUUUAAUGGGACACAUGCACUUGCACUCAGACAGCAAGCCUUUCAAGUGUCUCUACUGUCCCAGCAAAUUCACCUUGAAAGGGAACCUAACCAGACACAUGAAAGUCAAACAUGGAGUCAUGGAAAGAGGAUUUAAUGCUCAAGGUUUUGGAAGAGGAAGAAUUGCUCUGUCCCAGACAAAUGCCUUGAGAAGCUUGGAACAGGAAGAGCCCUUUGAUCUUUCCCAGAAAAGCCAAGGGAGGGGAUUCUCAUUUCAUUCAGAUGGUGAGAGUGUCAAGGGAAGCUCAUACCAGGAGGAGGAAGACAACAACUAUGAGGCAGAGCAGUACAGUCCUGACAUGUAUCACCACAACGACAACAAGCUGUAUGUGGCUCAAGAUCUGUCUGGCAAACCAGAGUGCAUGACGAAGGACUUCAGAGAGUCCUAUUGCAAUGAGAAGGAAGAAGUGCUAAGCGAGGGACAACUGCAGAAGAGAAUAGGAAGUUCAGACAAGGAGGAGAGCCAAGGAGAGGGAGACCUUGCAAACACCAAAUGCCUCAGCUUCAGAUCCUUUGAAAAGGCCAGACUUGGCCACUCUCUCUCUGAUUACUUGUAUUUCAAGCACAGGAACAAGAGUACGAAAGAAUUGCUGGAAAGAAAAAUGGAAAAGCAAACAAUGCUUAUAGGCAUUUAAAAUGGACAUCUAAAAACAGCUGGAAGAUGGGAACCAAAUAGCUUUUAACAUGAACUGUAAUUUACCAAAAAUUGGAAUUUUGUAGUAGUCUUGAGAAAUAAACAGGCCAAAGUGAUAAAAAUAAUUUAAGGUAAACCACAUACAUCAACAGAAUAAAGCAGUCCAAGGUCCUGUCAUCAACAAAAGCAACAGACAUUGAACAGUAACAUAAUCAUACUUAUCCAUUUGAUGUAUAAGCAGGCAACGGGGUGGGUACAGAAGUUUACUUUUUCUUUAUUGGGGUGAUAGAGACUUACUCACAAUUUUCUAGUUAUCAAAAAGCAAUAGACUUUAGUAUUUGGUUUAUUAUCUGACUAAACAUAUAUGGACAUUUCUAACCAUAAGUCUCGGGAAAAAAAAUCUGAAAAUACUAAGUAUUUCACAGUAUAAGCAAGUAUACUAUUAAACAUAGUGUGCAUGGAAGUGCUGUCACUCUCAGAAAUAACACAGUCUAAAUACUUUCAUUUACUGAAGUGUUAAUUCAAUCACUUACAAUGAGAAACAGAAGACAAGAAUGAAUACUAAUGUCAUGUGAGACAGUGAAAUGCAGCUCUGGAAGGCUUUGAAAACACAGGAAUUUAGUACAGUCACAGAAGCUUUUCCUCUGGCACAAGGGAUGUUUGUGCUUUGCCGUGUUUCAUUGAGUAUGGGAGUUUCCAUAACUCUUCAAAUGCAAUAGCAUGGACUAUGUUCACAUUUUGUUCUAUGGUCUGUUCAGUCCAAUACAUUUAAUGAGCAGCAGCAGCAUGUAGCAUUUGCAGGUUUUGCUGUAAUUACACAUAAAGCAAUACAAGUAAUUUAUCUGAGGAAAUGAUGAAUUUUGCCAUUUAUGUCUUCAGUUUAUCUUGGCUAGCAAGGAUAAUUUUACAAUAUGCAGAUCUGAUCAGGUUUUAAUUUAGAAGGUAUAAUAAAAAUUAAAUAGCACUGCCCAAAAGGGC